CCAGACGCUGCUGCUCUCCUUGCUCUCCCUCUGCCUCAUCCUCCUCUCAGCGCUCCUCUCCAUCCACCUCGUCCGCCGCCUCCGCCACCGUGGUGGCGCCGCGGCAUCCUCCCCCUCCGCUGCCCAGCGCCGCUCCGCAAGUAACCACCACCAAGACGACGACAACGACGACGGGGACGAGGAGGGCCGCAGCCUCAAGCCGCCACCAAUGCCCACCUCCUCCACUAACCCCAGCACUGAGUUCCUCUACCUCGGAACCCUCGCCACCCCGCCGCCGCCGGGGCCGCAGCACCCCGGGACAAGUUCCAGUCUACGCCCUGGCUCGCCGGAGCUCCGCCCUCUGCCUCCGCUUCCGCGCGUCGGCCCGCCGUCCGGCGAGUUCUUAUCCCGCAGCUCCGCUUCCGACCCCAGCACCGUGCCUCCCGCCGCCGCUGCCGAUGCCUCGUCGUCCUCGCUCUCUCCCUCCUCGCCGUCGGCAUCCUCGCCCACGCUCGGCUCUAGCCCCGUCCAUUUCCGCCCGCCGACCAUCCCCCAGCCGCGUGGCCGAGCCCCCAAUCCCUCGCCGCCUAAACGGAGGCCGUCGCCGCCCAAGGGUGCUGCGGAGCCAGUGGCGGCGCACGGGUGGAACCCCUUCGUGCCGCUGCCGCCGCGACCAGCUGUGGCUUCAUCAGAUGAUGGUGACUCUGAUCAGAUGAUGGACCUGCGCAAGUCGCGGCCUUUGCACUCGGACAAGCUCAAGCCCGGCUCUUUGCACAUGAAGGACGAGGUGAUCCAGCUAUACCUCAACAAUUCGGCAGCAGUUGCGGCACCAAGGGAGGUGUGUUUGCUUGGUGCCCUCAGGUGUCAUGGCAUCGGGAUGAUUGUAGGAGCAUUGGGAGUUUCCAAGGAGCAACUGAAGGAUGCACUCUUGGAAGGUAAUGUACAUGGUUUGGGAGUGGAAGCCUUGCAGAUGCUCACUCAGAUGGUGCUCAGCAAUGAAGAAGAGCUCAAGAUCAAAUAUUUCAAGGAUGACUCCCUGAACAGACUUUGCCCAGUUGAUGUUUUUUUGAAGGCAAUGCUGGAUGUUCCAUUUGUGUUCAAGAGAGUAGAUGCCAUGCUUUACAUUGCCAGCUUCUAUUUGGAGAUCAAUCGGCUGAGAAUGUCGUAUGCUACUCUUGAGGGGGCUUGCCAGGAGAUGAGAAGCAGCAGGCUGUUCCACAAAGUCCUUGAGGCUGUUGUGAAUUUCGGCAAUUUCAUGAGCACCAAUUCGGGGUCUCCAAGUUCAAAAGGCUUGGAGCCAAACACUGUUCUGAAGAUAGCUGAUGUGAAAGGAGCUGAUGGGAAGGCUGCUCUCAUGCAGUUCAUUGUCCAGGAAAUUGUGAAACCUGAAGGAUAUGAUGUGAUGCAGCAUGGUUCAGGUGCAUGCAAGAUGAGCACAAACACUCUGCAGUGUGAUGCCGAGUGCAGGAAGCAUGGCCUUGAGGUUGUUGCCAAACUUGCAGCCCAGCUGAGCAACACCAAGAAAGCCGCCUCCAUUGACAUAAAAAGGCUGAGCCAAAGCGUGUCAGAGCUUGGAAUGGGGCUUGGGAAGGUCCACGACGUGGUGAGGCUGAACAGCAUGGUUACAUCUGUUGAUAGCGCUCGGCGUUUCCACAAUAGCAUGAGCACAUUUCUAAGGCACGCCGAGGAGGAGAUCCUGAAGCUCCAGUCCCAGGAGAGCAUCUGCUUGUCAUCAGUGAAGGAGAUGGCGGAGUGGUUUAUUGGGGAGUCAGUCAACGAUGAAGCUCACAUGUUCAGAAUCUUUGCUGGAGUGAAGGAGUUCCUAGCUAUGCUCGAUCAUAUCUGCAAGGAGGCUGGGGAGGUGAGCAGCAACAAUUGGGUCGGCGCGACAACGGCGAGCUGGAUGGCUGCACCCAUGGGGAUGAUGCCUUAAGCCGCUGGAGCUGUCUUGGCAAAAUCUGUAGCUACCCUUUUUGUAGAAUAUUUCAUAUCAAGCUAUUUGGACUAGUAUGGUUCCUAGUAUUAGCAGUAGAUGAGAACGAUGUUAUGGUAUGUUAAGCCGAAGCCUCUCUCUAUAUAAAUAUAUCUGGAUAAUGUAUGCUGGACACCCGUCUAUUGUAAAGUUUACUGUUACUGGUAAUGGGGUUUGCCGUCCUUUCCUG